GGCGAACAUUCAACGAAUACGCGUCGCACGGGAGUUUCUCUUUGUUAUUGCGUGGAAAUGCCGCUGGUAAAUGUAAAUAGGUGUAGUCUAUAGAGAUAAGCCCAGCGGAUGCACACGUGCAUAAGUUGGAGAAACGAGAAAGACUUUAGGCCACACAACGUACGCAAGAGUGAUUAAAACACGGCCAAAUCAAGUGGAAUUAAAAACAUCGAAGAAAAAUCAAUAGGAGCAGCUACUAGGACAGGAUGGUGUUCGAGGCGGUGGUGGCGGAUGUCCUGAACAAGGUCCUCGGCGACUACAUCGUGAACUUGGAUCGCAACCAGCUGAAAAUAGGCAUUUGGGGAGGCGAUGUGGUCUUGCAGAACCUCAAGAUACGGGAAAAUGCCCUGGACGAUUUGGACCUACCCGUGCAGCUUAUCUAUGGAUAUUUGGGUAAAUUAGUACUGAAGAUCCCCUGGAAGAAUCUGUACAGCCAGCCGGUAAUUGUCAAUAUUGAGGAUCUUUACGUCCUUGUAUCGCCCAACAACAAUGUCCAGUACAAUGCCGAAAAAGAGGCCAAGUAUGAGAUGGAUCUCAAGACGGCGGCACUGGAUGCCUUGGAAGCAGCUCGCAAAAAGGAGUUGGAAAAGGAUCAGGCAAAGCAUGAUGCUGGGUUUGCCGAAAAGCUAACGGCGCAAAUCGUGAACAAUCUGCAGGUGCAAAUAACCAACGUUCACCUGCGAUACGAGGACACCACCACAACGGGAAGUCCCUUCUCCUUCGGUAUCUCCCUGCAUGAGCUAGAGCUCUACACCACCAAUAACGACUGGGAGAAAUGCUACAUGGCCCAACAGGCCUCACAGGUCUUCAAAAUAGCGAAUCUCUCCUGCCUUUCAGCCUAUCUAAACUGUGGCGGACACCUGUACUCUAACGACAAGUCUGCGCUGGCAAUGCAGUUCCAAACGAAUAUUGCUUGCAAGACAUCACAACCCAACUACAAUUACGUGCUGGGACCCAUUUCUUGCAAUGCCAAGUUGAAGCUGAACAUGAACCCGGAGUUUGAUGAUCCGCCCUUUGAAAGGCCUAAGAUUGAUCUCACUCUGGAGAUGGCAAAGCUAAACGUGGGAAUAACCAACACACAGUUUGACAAUCUAAUGAAACUUGGAGAUGCUAUGAAUCGGCAACAGUUGGGCAUCCCUUACCGGAAAUAUCGUCCUUAUAACUUGUCCUACAAGGGUCAUGCCAAAGAAUGGUGGCACUUUGCUAUAACAUCUAUUUUAGAAGAGGAAGUAAGGAAACCUCGACUGAGCUGGACUUGGGAACACAUGAAGAAGCAUCGCGAAUGCUGCAACACGUAUGCACAGAAAUACAAGGAGCAGUGCCUGAACAAAAAACCACCAGCCGUGCUAAUAGAAACCUGCCGUUUGCUGGAAAAAGAACUGGACAUAUUUAACUUGCUGUUAAUUCGGCAAAGGGUCAAUAUCGAGAUAGCCAAGCAGAGGGAGGCAGUGCCCGAGCAAAAGUCAGGCUGGUUCAGCGGUUGGGGAUGGGGUGGCGGAGCGAAGAAAGAGGAACAGACCGCUGGUCAAAAGCUAGUUGAAAAAUUUGAAGCUGCAAUGACGGGCGAAGAGAAAGAGAAAAUGUACAGGGCAAUUGGUUACCAAGAGAACACCAAGCCGACAGAUCUUCCUGAUCACUACGAGGCCAUCAAGAUGAACUUUAAAUUAGUAGCUCUGGAAGUCGGGCUGUACAAGGAUGACCAUAGUAUUUCAACAUCAUCCCAUGACUACCAUGUCCUGCCCUCUCUGGUCCUUCUCAACUUCUCAAUGGCUACUGCGUCUAUUACCCAGCGACCAGCUGCCGAAGCCAUUAGCAUUACGGCUGGCAUGAAGGAGCUAAAGGUGACUGGUCUAAAACGAAACGAAUAUAUACCUUCGUUGGUGGAGUCAAAGAUUACUGACGAAUUUAACCUCCUGGACGUAUUCUUCGAGACAAAUCCACUGGACAAGUUGUGCAAUCAGCGAGUUAAGGUUGUGGCGCGUCCUCUGCAGAUUGUGUAUGAUGCUCCGACUAUCCUAGCCCUGAUUAACGCUUUCCAGCCGCCAGGUGAUGUCACACUCUCCAAGUUUGAGGAUGCGGCCAGUUCGCAAAUAUCCAACUUUAAGGAGCGCUCGGCCACUGGAAUGCAGUACAUGAUCGACAAAAAAUCAGUGCUAGAUGUGGACAUCUUGCUAAUGCCAAAUAUUCUGGUAGUUCCCCAUAAAGGAGUUUAUGAGGAGGAUAGAACACCCUUGCUAGUUCUGAGCAUGGGACAGGUGCACGUCUUCAGCCAGCCGCGUAAGGAAGAGACCAGGCUGCAGAAUCUUUUCACUGCCGGCGAAGACAAGAGCGAUAUCCUUAAGACGGUAAUGGAAAAUGCCUAUGACAGGUUUACAGUCGAAUUAAACGACGUUCAGAUGAUGGUGGUUCGAGCUGGGGAGCCGUGGCGUCUUGCGCUUAGAGAAGCCAACUCAACGGAGAUGCACGUUUUGAGACCCGUCUCUCUGAAGGUAAUUGCCGCACUCUGUGUUGUUGAUAACGACCCUCGAUUACCUAAAGUAAAGGUGGACAUCGACCUACCAGCGAUCCUAGUCAAUGUUUCGGAAGAUCGCGUUUUUCUUGCCAUAAAGGUGGCCACGAGCAUUCCCCUUCCGGAACAAAAUCAACCGGGGCAGAGAUUAACACAGUCCAACUCGCGCAGCUCAAUGUCUAUAUCAAACUUCAUUAACAAAGAAGUGAAAAAAAUUAGCUCUGUGUCAUCAUCAGGCCCUAUCGGCAAGGACAAUUCCCUGGAAGAGGUCAUACAGUACACCAAUUUGGAUGUAAACUUCUCUUUGGGAGAGAUAUACUUCGUCUUGAUGCAGUCCAGUAAGCGAAGCCUGACUACCUCCGAUAUAUCAAUCGAGUACCACACCCCUGAAGGGGAACAUCAUCCUUCUCAAAUUGAUGAUUUAACUGAGGAGCCUAUUGAACGACCACCGCGAUCGCCACCUCAACAGAUCCUCUCCAUCGACAUCUGCCGUCUAGAGGCCCAUUUCGUUUCAAGAACUUUCGAGUCUGUGGCUUCAGUCAAGCUUGGAGACAUCAACUUGCGACAGUACGGUUGCGCAGAUGGCGACGAGGAGGUGCUAGACGUUAUCCACACACCGAAAAAGGAGAACAGCUCCAACUAUCUGUUUACCGUUUCUUGCACACUUGCAGACAAGACGUCGCCAGAGUUUAGCACCAAGUAUAACUCCACUGAGCAGCUGGUCGUGGCGAAUUUUGAGGUGCUUCAGGUAGUGCUGCACCAAGAGUGCUUACAGCGGCUUUUGGAAGUUGCAAACAAAUUCCAGAGAAAUCUGGACGUUGUUCUUUCAUCUGGCCGACCGCGAGAUCGGAUGGGUUCUAUUGGCGGAGGCGAUGGUAUCAAACGGAAACUUAAUGUUAUACUUGAGGAUACAGAGGAAAUAAUGACCACCAACCAGAUGAAGCGCCGAAGGAAAGUGCGCCGCGGUCGUGUUGUUGAGACUGUGAAGGUCAGAGUUAUCGCAAAUCUGGACGAAGUCAGUUUGUUGCUCACCACCCAAAGCCGUCCUUUAGCCGAGAUGAAUGUUAAGAAAUUUGUUUCCAGUCUAAUUAUCAAGUCAUCUUACACAGAAGUCAAUAUUGGUCUUAAAGACAUUCAGGUGGUGGACCUGAAUCCUCACACCAUCCACAAGAACAUUCUAAGUAUUGUUGGCAAGGACGCCUUUAACUGUCAGGUUGUGCUCUACAAUAAAGAAGAGACCCUGGACUACAACUCCGAUGACAUGAAGAUUACUGUAGACAUUGGCUGCAUGAAGAUCAUUUUCCUUAAUUGGUUUGUGGCGGGUGUCAUGAACUUCCUUAACAACUUUUCAGAGGCCCAGGCGACUAUAUCGAAAGCUAGUGCUGCAGCUGCAGAGACAGCACGCCAGAAAGCUAUGGAUGCUUACGAAACGGCUACUCGCAUGAAACUAAAUGUCCGUAUUAAGGCGCCGAUUAUCAUCAUACCAAUUAGCUCCCAGGACUCUAAUGCUUUGUCGCUAGAUUUGGGUCUGCUGGAAUUGACGAACAAUACUGUGGAAAUGGCGGUGGACAACGAGGAACGAAUGGCAGUUAUAGACGAAAUAAAGUUAAAAAUAUGCGAUGUUAAGAUCUCCAAAGUUGUCAUACUGGAUGGCAGCGAAUCGGUUGUUGAUGAAUUGGACGCUGUCGUCGGCUACUGUUCCAAAUUUAAUAUGAUGAAUCCAAUGAGUUGCACCUUAUCGGUAACUCGCAAUUUGUCGUACACCUGGUACAGGGAUGUGCCUGAACUUAAUCUUUCUGGUCGCUUAAAGUCCAUUGAGCUCACUCUGUUCUCGGAUGAUUAUGCUCUGGUCAUGAUGAUUUUGAAUCGCAAUUUAAGCGAGGGUUUAGAUGAGUUUCCUCCAAGCGAAGAACCACCCCCGGAACCGACUAACCGCGCAGAGAGUCGACGUCACUCCCAUGGUGAACGCGUAUCUCGGACCAUAGAGGCUAUUCCGAAAAGAGAGAAGAUUCACGAAUCGAUUAAGUUUAAUCUUCAGUUUGACGGUGUGAUAAUAAAUUUAAUGGAGGGUGAAGACGCAGGACUUGCUAGAUUUGGUAUAUAUUUCUUAUCCGUCAAGGGAACAAAAUUGGACAACGGCACAUUAAGCACUUCGGUGGUUUUGUGCAAUAUCCAGAUGGACGACUUGCGUCAGAACUCAAAAAGCCAGAUCCGACAGUACCUAAGCCGGAAAGAUUGGGUUCAGCCUAAGCUGGAUGCAGAUGACAUUAUAGAUGCCUGUUACAACGAACGUAACUUUAUGGUCGAUGUGACAGCCAUAAUAAAAGAGGGCGACACAUUUGCUGAGGUCCGUGUGCGAGGCUUCGACUUGAUCGUCUGCAUUGACUUCAUGCUCAGAUUAACGGCAUUCCUAAGCCUACCGCCAGAAGAAACCCCUCGUGAAACAGUCUAUGUAAAAGUUAACACCAUUGCGGAAACGGCAAAGGAGACACAGCACUCCGUUCGCUCCUCCGCUUUCUUGGCCGCUAAUGAACUUGUUCCCAUCGAAGCCACCAGCCAUGCAGCCCCGAACCAAAAAAUGAAUCUUAUACUGCACAUUGACGAACCGGAUAUAAUUUUGGUGGAAAACCUAGAAGACCUUAACACCAGUUGUAUUAUUUUCAAUGCUCAAGUUCAUUUGAAUUACCGCAGCAUAAACGACAAGCAGAUCAUAAACGGCCAGAUCGAUGCACUUAAGAUGUACAUGAGCGCCUUUCACCCAGAGCGACGAGAGUUGACCCGCCAUUACAUUUUGCAUCCAUGCGUUGUUAGUCUACAGGGAUCCACGCCCGAAGAAGAGGGUAUGCACAUCAGCCUUAAACUGAGCGACAUCAUUAUCAACGUGUCACCAGCUACUAUCGAGCUGUUAAACAAGGCGAUGGUGAGCGUCACCAGUGGCAGCAUGGCAAAGACGGCCAACGCCGAGGAGUCGCGAAACUAUUCAAGUCUUUGGCAUCAACGCCAUUUCCACAGCCGCUCCUACUGGUUCACCAAAGUGGAGCAGGGCGUUGAUGCCCUAGAAAUUGAGAAAGCCAGCAGCCACAGCCCAGAUAAGCAGAAGACGGAGAAGUGCGUUAUUGAAAUUCCCAGCAUUACGAUCGUAAUCGAGUCUGGCGUGGGCUACUAUACGAAGCCACUCAUUUCGCUGGACACCCGAAUUACUGCCGUGUUCAACAACUGGAGCCGUAAUCUCACAGCUCAUGGCUCGUUGACACUAAACAUGAACUAUUAUAACAAAGCCCUUGCCGAAUGGGAGCCUAUUAUUGAGCUCAACGAGGUGAUCGGUAGGAACGGUGUGCAUGAGUAUACGCCAUGGGAGCUAAAGUUCGAAAUGGGAACAGAGAAUGUCCAAAACGAAGAAGAAGAUAUCGACCAGCAGGCGAUGCACAUGAAAAUCCAUUCAGCGGAGACGCUUGAGAUUACGUUGAGCAAGACGUGUCUGGGAUUGCUUUCCGAACUGGGAGAGGCGUUCUCUCAGGCCAUCGACCAAAAGGGUCUGAUCAAGCCCGACAUCGUGGCUCCUUACGUGCUGGAGAACGACACUGGCUUUGAUAUAAAUUUGAAUCUACGCAAGGGUAUCUUUACGCUACACGAAGUUCACCGAGGUGGCAUCUCAUCGGGCUUGAAUAGUACCCUGCUUUUAUCUGCCAAUUCCGAAGAAGUCGAUCCUAAUGCAAUAAAAACCUGCACGAUUUCGACUGGCGGAAAAGCAUUCCUGCAAACCAAGGACUUGAGCACCUUAUCUGAAGAGGAUUCCGAGGACUACACUCUUUAUGUGACGAUUGGGGAUAUUGACAAAGAGAUCGCUCUGCCCGUGUCCAAGUCCGAUACGCGUUUCUUUAACUUAAUGCGCAGCACUUCCAAUGAGCCGUGGGGCAUUAUCUCUGAAGUGACACAGGAGUAUGGCACUACAAAAGUCAAUGUCCACGGUGUAGUCAGAGUUCAUAAUCACUUUACGACAAGUGUCAGUAUUUAUCGACGUAAUACAGCCCCCACAGCGGAAUGUUUCCAGGAUAUUUACAUUGGUCGUGUUCGUCCCGGCGAGGUGUUCCAUGUGCCUUUACACGCGAUUUACGCGGACGCUAAAGAACUCUACUUCUCGAUGCGUGGCUACAGAACAUCGGUGCAGGGCAUUUCCUGGGCUGCCAGCCCCUCGGACCUGAACUAUUCGCAUCCGUUACAUUGCGAUCCAACUAAGACUUUUGAGCCGCUCAUCAUCAACGCUCGGCGAAAGAAGACGGAGGUCUACUUCGAGGGCACCAACAAGUAUACGUUGUUAAGCGCCUUCUACACAAUUCAUCUGCGUCCGCCACUCUAUCUGCGAAACUCGCUGCCUAUCAAUAUACAAGUGUCAGUGGCUGGCUGCUCGGUCCUAAAGGAGGAUGGCCUGGAUACCGUAUCAUCAAUGCAGUUAGUUGAUAAAGGAUAUAACAAAGAGGAUUUCUUGGACUACGGUGAAAAGCCUGUUGACUCGGGCAAUGUGCUCCACCUGCCCACUGUUCGAUUGGCAUCAAAGGACAAUGAGGCUAAAAGCUUCCUGGUUGUGCGACUGAUUCAAUAUCUAGAGAAGGACUGGUCCUGUGCCACCGAGGUUGGUGACUACGCUGACGAUGUCAUUACUUGGACUUUUUCAUCAUACGACUCGGAGAUGAAGGUAGACAUGGAUCUUUAUGUAAAAACGGAGAAUCGACAUGGCAGCAUAAUGCUUACGCUCUUUAGCCCCUUCUGGAUGAUAAAUAAAACAGGAAAAAUGCUCACCUAUAAAACAGAGACGACCUCCGUAGAAGUUUUAUACCACCCUCCCGAAUAUUCUGGACCCAUCAUGUUCACGUUCCGGGAUAAGUUCUUCUUUGACAAGAAGACGGCCUCUAUCCGCAUUGACAACGGCCAGUGGAGUGAAAAGAUUCCUCUGGAUGUGGCCGGUUCAAUUGGCGAGGUCACCUGCUUUGCAAACAAUCAGAAAUACACUGUCGGUGUGCAUAACCACUUGACUCAGAAUUCCUUGACCAAGCAGAUCACUUUCAUCCCCUUCUAUAUUGUGUGCAACAAGUGCCGCUUUGAUAUCGAGCUGCAGGAGCAAAGUCGCCCAGCAGAUCCAUGGCUGCACCUCGAGCCGAAUCAGCUUGAACCCCUCUGGCCUAGGAACGACAUCAGGAAUAACCUAGUCGUGCGUGUGGAUGGCAAGAUGACUCCAGCCUUUGACUACACGGAGGUAAUCUGCACCCUCCUAAAGCUGGAGGACAGCAAGCACGGCGGCAUCAACGUAGACGUUCAGACUACGGAGGGCGGUGUAUAUAUCACCUUUACGGACUACAAACCAGCCGAUGCUCCCGGCCUGCUGAUCAAUCACACUGGCAGACAGGUUGUCUACUGCGAGAAGGGAACGAAGAACGAGCAAAUUCUAAAUGCGAGGAGCACCAUAAUGUAUGCCUGGGAUGACCCGACGGGUCCCAAAGUCCUCAUAUUUGGUGCUAACAAAGAGGAGACAGAUCUAAAACGUGACGGAAUCGGCGAAGUGGUCAUGCAGGACGGCCAAAAGGCUACAUGGGUGUCCUUCCUAGACGGUCUGCAACGUGUGUUGCUCUUUACGGAUAACGACUCUAUUGCCAGUCGCACUGAGACCACUUCCUCGCUGCAGUCUAUCACCCAAAGCAUUGACCUGCGUAUUCACGGCAUUGGUCUGUCAGUAAUAAAUAAUGAGACGGGCUUGGAUAUACUUUAUUUGGGCAUUACCAGCUCUGGAAUCAUAUGGGAAUCAAAGAAGGUGACCAAGAAGCGUUUCAAAGAGUUCACCAUUACCGAUAACGCCCUUAUGGAGCACGAGUUUCAGAGAUAUCAAGUUCACAAAAGUGUUAACGAUGUGCAGACCUACAAGCUGGACAACAAGUUCCCGAUCGACUUUGAGAACAUGAUUCUUAAGAAAACGGUGGAGAGAAACAUUAGACGCAGCUUCUAUCCAGCGAUUUGGGUGUCCCGAAAGUCGUCACCAUUCCAGAGCCAGUUGCAUGUAAAAAUAAAUCGUAUCCAGGUGGACAACCAGUUCAUGGAUCCAAUAUUCCCCGUGGUGUUGGCACCAAUUCCACCACCAAAGAGUGUGGCGAAUACCACCUGUAUCAAGCCGUUCAUUGAGUGCAGCAUGGUGCAGCGAAUCAUGCCUAACUCCCCUGUACGGCAGUUUAAGUACGCCAGAAUCCUGAUCCAAGAGUUCCACUUCAAGGUUGACUUGAAUUUCCUUACGGCUAUCGCAGAGAUGUUUGCCAAGGAAGUGUCCGACGAUACAGCAGCCAAGCAGUUCCGUCAGGACGUGGAAUCGAUUGAGUUGCCGCUUUCUGCUUUCUUCGAAGAGCACUCAUUAGAGGAACAAAAGAGCUUCUACGAUAACCUGCAUUUGGGUCCACUUAAGAUCCAUGUUAGCUUCUCGAUGGCAGGCUCGGACACAAAGGCGUUGCCUGGAUUCCUUGGCUCGUUGGUGCAGGGCGUUGGUGUCACCUUAACGGACGUCAAUGAUGUGGUCUUCCGGUUGGCCUUCUUUGAGCGUAACUAUCAGUUUUUCUCACAGAAACAGUUGGUCAAUGAAAUCACCUCGCACUACACUGGCCAAGCACUGAAGCAACUUUAUGUGCUAGUCCUCGGCCUGGAUGUCCUGGGCAAUCCAUAUGGGCUAGUGGUUGGGCUGAAAAAGGGCGUCCAGGACUUGUUCUACGAACCGUUCCAGGGUGCCAUCCAAGGUCCUGGUGAAUUUGCCGAGGGUUUGGUAUUGGGUGUAAAAUCGCUCUUCGGCCACACGGUGGGCGGAGCUGCUGGUGCCGUGUCCAAAAUAACUGGUGCUAUGGGCAAGGGUUUGGCGGCGUUGACCUUUGACGAGGACUACCAGAAGAAACGGCGUCAAGGAAUUCAGAACAAACCAAAGAACUUCCACGAAGGCCUGGCGCGCAGCAGCAAGGGCCUGGUGAUGGGCUUUGUGGACGGCGUCACUGGCGUUGUAACCAAACCUGUGACUGGGGCUCGCGACAACGGAGUCGAGGGCUUCUUUAAGGGCCUAGGCAAGGGUGCAAUUGGCCUGGUGGCUCGCCCAACCGCAGGUGUGGUUGACUUCGCUAGUGGCAGCUUCGAGGCUGUGAAGCGGGCGGCGGAUGCAAGCGAGGAUGCGAAACGCAUGCGACCGCCGCGCUUCCAGCACUACGACUUCGUGCUACGACCCUAUUGCUCUAUGGAGGCGACAGGCAAUAAGAUAAUGAAGGAAACAGACAAGGGUAAAUUCGCCACCACGGAUAACUUUGUUCACUGCGAGGAGAUUAUCCAGAAGUCCGAGUACCUGGUAGUAACCAACUACCGCCUGAUGUACGUGCAACGUAACGAGAUGUUCGGAGUCUGGACGUCACUCUGGUCUUACCUGUGGGCAGAGAUCAGCGCUGUAGCUCCCGCGGCUCGAGGUGUUCAAUUUACUGUAAAGACGGAUGGAAAGAAGGUCCUGGGUCUUUUCAGCAGCAAGGAGUCUCCGAGAAAAUUAGUUUUAGUGGGAGAUGAGCGCAAACGUGACGCUCUGAUAAACAUAAUUGAAUCUCAGCGCUCCGAUCCGAAUCCUCUGAAGGGCAUCAACGCCUAUCCGGCGAAAAUAUAGAAAUAUACCUGAAUUUAUUUUCCAACUGUAUUAUAAUCCGAGCACAUCCCCACGGCACCAGCAACGACAUGGAAAUCUACCUCGAUCAUCAAGAUUCUGUCUGUCCAAGCACCAUGCACCCAAUUGGAAAACUCACACUCAUGUGUCGUACCUUACGUAUGUUAACAACCAUUUUGUUUUGAUAUUAAAAUUUUAUGUCAAAGUUUA